GACUUGGAGCUAUAUAAGGCCACGCGGGGUUUCACCGCCCCUUUCCGCGCCCCGGAGCCGCCAUGGACACGAGCCGCGUGCAGCCCAUCAAGCUGGCCAGGGUCACCAAGGUGCUGGGCCGGACCGGCUCUCAGGGGCAGUGCACUCAGGUGCGUGUGGAGUUCAUGGACGACACGAGCCGCUCCAUCAUCCGCAACGUGAAGGGGCCGGUGCGCGAGGGCGACGUUCUCACCCUGCUGGAGUCGGAGCGCGAGGCCCGGCGGCUGCGCUGAGCUGGACCCGGCCCUCCUGCUGCCGGAUCGUCCGUCGGGGAUGGAGCCUGGCGCAUCUCGUUCGGCCGUGGGGCGCGGGUGGGGAGGAGCGUGACAGCCGGGUCACUGCAAUAAAGGGUUUUUCCAGUA